AUGCGCCCACUUACUGACGAUGAAAUGACCACGGUCUUCGAGAAGAUUAGCAAGUACAUUGGUCGCAACGUACAGCAUCUGGUUACUCGACCAGACGAAAAGUAUUGCUUUCGACUUCAUGGCAAUAUUGUGUACUACUGCAGCGAGAAACUCAUGCGCCAGUCUACGAACAUUGGCACGGACGAGUUAAUGAGUCUUGGUACGGCUGUAGGCAAGCUGACUAAAACAAAGAAGUUCCAUCUGCGCAUAACAUUUCUGGACUAUAUCGCUCAGUAUGCUAAGUACAAGGUUUGGAUCAAGCCUAAUUCGGAAAUGUCUUUCCUGUAUGGCAACAAUGUCGUCAAGUCAGGUCUUGGCCGUAUCACAGAGGGCACGCCACAGUACGCUGGUGUUGUUGUUUAUAGCAUGAACGAUAUUCCGCUUGGCUUUGGGAUUGCUGCACAGGCAACAGAAUUGUGUAAAGAUUUGGAGCCCACAGCCUUCGUGGUAUUGCACCAAGCAGACAUUGGUGAGUACCUUCGCGUUGAAGACGAAAUGUUCUAA